AUGAGAGAAACAGAUCCCGCGGCAUUCAAAGCGAUAGUGCACCACGCAACAUCAGAGGCAUUGAUAAAAGCACAGGCCCUUGGAUUCUCGGGACAUCCUCCCGUUGUGGAUAACAUUCAGACAGAACUCGGUGACUCUUUCGUGGGGAUCAUACCCGUGUUAAUGAAGGCCUUCAAAGUUUUGCUUGUAUUGAUGGCAUUUUUUCUAAGUUCAUUGUUUUUGUACGGCCUAUCUUAUGUUGCCAUCAUGCCGGGUUCUGUCUCUGUCCAAAAGCUCUAUUUCGAUUACUCUGGGAUCGCAAGUCAUCCCGUGAGCAAUCAAAUUUUCCCAGAAACGCACUUCCGAAAAACACUUCCACACAUUCUAGACAAUGCACCCUGGGCUGUUGCGGAUUUCUUCUCUAAACAUUCUCAAUGGGAGGCUUACAACGACGAUACUAUACCCGCUCCAAGGACAAGUAAUCGGGUUUUGAAGCCAGGCGGCAUGUAUCAAGUCGAAGUUAUCUUAGAUCUUCCUCAAUCUGAUAUCAAUAUCAUGAGCGGGGUGUUCAGUGUUCUUGUAGAAAUACUAAGUGUCGAUGGCACAAUGUUGGCAUCUUCAGUCCGUUCCACCAGAAUUCCUCACGAGACGGGGUGGGUUUCUACGAUAAGGAAAGGUGUUUUAUUGGCCCCAUUGUUGGUUGGGGCAGCCGAGGAAACUCGGACAGUGAAAGUUCCGUCAUUCCGAUACCUUGUUGAGAACGAAGAGAUGCCUUUGCGAUAUGCAACUGUCACGCUUUUGAGCCAGGAAAAUAAACCGAUUGAAGUUAUGACUGGGUCUAUAUUAAUCGGCGAGGAGCUAUCUUCGAUUCAGCUUCUGAUGAAGGAGUGGUUCUUUACGUGCUGCGCCGCUGGAACAGCUUUCAUUUUUUGUACUCACGGAAUUACUUACUUAGGAUUCAUGGCGUUUUUAGAGAGACAAGAUCGGCCUAGGGGAGACGAACUAUCGCUUGACUCGGGAUCAGACGUGGUAUCUCAGGGGAACAGUGGCGAAGAUCAAGUGGAUACGUAG